AUGGGCCGUAGCCAAGCCUUUGCUGCUGCAGGCGACGGCAAGUACACGGCACUCUGCGACUUCUCGCCGACCAUGUCGUGCUCCACCGUCUUCUCAUCCAACUACGGUCGCAUCGUCGGCUUCACCCUCGGCUUUGAUCGCAGCGAGCCGUCGCUGCUCAACUACCCAAAUGCAGUGUACGGCGUCGGUUUUUACGCUGCUGCGCUGGGCAUGUGGUGCAUCGGUGCGUCGCGGCUGGUGCUCGCCGCCCUCAUCGCCGCCGUCGCAGGCUCGACGUAUCUCGCGUACAUCCUCAUUUUCGUCAUGCACAACUUCUGCCUGGUGUGCUUUGGCAUCCACGGCGUGAACGUCGCCGCGCUGUACUGCGCCGCGAUGAUGUGCAGCGGCUCCCGCGCUGCGGGGCGCCGGCCGCACGCCGACUGACGGCGGCGGCUAUGCCCAGGCAGCCUUGCGGAAGCCGCGCCAGGCGUCGGGUGCGCGAAAGUCGUACUUUUCGAUAAAGCGCAUGAGGAAG